CGAACGCCCUGUUGGCUGUUCGCUCGGUGUUUCGUUCCCUCCGCCGGCGGGCCGCCUUGUCCCAGAAUCCAAGAUGGCGGGGUCCAGGAGUAGGGGUCCCCGGGCUGGGGCCAGGGCCGGGUCCGGCCCGCUUAUUUGCGCGCUGCUACUAUCUCUGAGCCGUUUCUCCAACGCCCAAGGAGCGGGCGGGGACCCCGCGCUGGGUGGUGGGGCUCCUGCCGCCACCCCUGCCCCGCAGCCCCAUCGCCGGUUCGAGUACAAGUACAGCUUCAAGGGGCCGCAUCUGGUGCAGGGCGACGGGACCGUACCCUUCUGGGCCCACGCGGGGAAUGCAAUACCUAGUUCAGACCAGAUUCGAAUAGCUCCUUCUUUGAAAAGCCAAAAAGGAUCCGUCUGGACAAAGACAAAAGCUUCCUUUGAAAACUGGGAGGUUGAGGUGACAUUUCGAGUCACUGGAAGAGGACGAAUUGGAGCUGAUGGCCUAGCAAUUUGGUAUACCGAAAAUCAAGGCUUGGAAGGUCCUGUGUUUGGAGCAGCUGAUAAUUGGAAUGGUGUUGGAAUUUUCUUCGAUUCUUUUGACAACGACGGAAAGAAGAACAAUCCAGCUGUGGUUAUCAUAGGCAACAAUGGACAAAUACAGUAUGAUCAUCAGAACGAUGGUACUAAUCAAGCUUUGUCAAGUUGCCAAAGGGACUUUCGUAAUAAACCGUAUCCUGUCCGGGCAAAAAUUACAUAUUACCAGAAAACCUUGACGGUGAUGAUCAAUAAUGGUUUUACACCAGAUAAAGAUGAUUAUGAAUUUUGUGCUAAAGUGGAAAACAUGAUAAUCCCUCCACAAGGGUAUUUUGGAAUAUCUGCAGCAACAGGUGGUCUUGCAGAUGAUCAUGAUGUCCUUUCUUUUCUGACUUUCCAACUGACUGAGCCUGGAAAAGAAACACCUGCACCUGAUAAAGAAAUUCCUGAAAAGGACAAAGAGAAGUACCAGGAAGAAUUUGAGCAUUUUCAACAAGAACUGGAUAAAAAAAAGGAGGCCUUCCAGAAGGAUCACCCUGAUAUUCAAGGGCAGCCAGCUGAAGAAAUCUUUGAGAGUGUAAGCGAUCGUGAGCUAAGACAAAUUUUUGAAGGGCAAAAUCGCAUCCAUCUUGAAAUCAAGCAGCUCAACCGACAGUUAGAUAUGAUCCUUGAUGAGCAAAGAAGGUAUGUCUCUGCCUUGACUGAAGAGCUCUCCAAAAGAGGCCAUGGAGUUACAGCACAGCUUGGACAGGCCCCUCAACAAGAGCUUGAUACCAUGGUGAAAACUCAGCAGGAGGUCCUAAGACAAGUGAGUGAAAUGAAGAAUUCCAUGGGUGAAACCCUCAGGCUGGUCAGUGGAUCCCAGCAUGCGGGCACAGCAGGCAGCGUGUAUGAAACAACCCAGCAUUUCAAUGAUAUCAAAGAACACCUUCAUGUAGUAAAGAGGGAUAUUGAACAUUUAAUACAGCGCAAUGUGGCAUCAAAUGAAAGAGCGAAAUGCCCAGAACUACCACCGUUUCCAUCUUGUUUAUCUACAACACACUUUUUAAUAUUUGUAGCAGUACAGACAAUGUUAUUCAUCGGUUAUAUCAUGUAUAGGACUCAGCAAGAAGCCGCAGCCAAAAAAUUCUUUUGAUCAUCAUUUUUGUACGUGUGUAUGCACAGAACUUUGACUGUAAAUGAGAGAAUUUUUAUGUGUUUAAAUUGCUUCAAUAGUCUAAAUUAUUAAUUUUUUUGUUAAAAUUACCUGUUAAAUGUUAAAUUGUGGUAAGAAUAAACCUUACAGAAGUGAGAACUACAAGAAAAACUGUGCACAGUAUAUAACUUUAUUUAAAUUGAGUUGAUGGUUGAUGGUAGAACAGCCAUGAAACAGUACAUUUAUUUCCAGUAUGAUUGGGUAAGAAAAACUAGAGACAUGCCUCCCAAAUGGUGGUUAGCACAUUUGAUUUCUGGGGCUGAAAAUUUACUCUUAGAGUAUGAUAUAAGUAAUUUUAUUUAAAAGAAAACUUUUCCAAAAUUAGAAAGUUGACCUAACGUCCAAAGUAUGAUUCCCCAUCACGGUGGUUAGAGUAACCAAAGUCUAAGAUGUAUGAAGCAGAAUAUCCUCAUCAAAGACCUGCUCCUGUAAUCAUUUCUGUUGAUGUAACUCCCUGUGAAAUCAAAGGUCAUUUUGCCCAAGUAGGGUUUUUUAGGAUCAGGAUGUUAGCAUCUCAUAAAGCCUCUGUAGAAAUCUUGGGUUUUCUUUUUUCCCUUUGACUGUGGACAGUAUAGCAAAACUCAAGAAAGCUACUUUCUGCCUAAUUUUCAUUUAGAUGAAAAUGUUUUUCUGAUUAACGGUUUUUACGGGUAUUUUGCCUGCUGAUAGAUUCAUUUCAUGCUCCUGAAUGUCUUCACCUCAAAGAAAGUCAUUUAAGUCUUUUUUAAGAAUUUGUAGUUUAACUCAGUUUUACCAUAUUUUAAAGUACAGCAUGUAAAUUCAGCUCUAGGGUGCGUGGGAUUUGAAUAUUGUAAAUAACUCAAAAGUAACCACUGCAUUCAAGUUACGAUGCCAUUUCAUUACACAACCCCGAAUACGUGAAUGUGUAUAUCCCCUAAAAAUGUGGGAGACUGUUCCUCAUUGUAAUUUCAAGGAUUUCAUGAGCAAUUUUUUAAAAAUUAAAAAGGUAGACUUUUGUGAAUUUUUUUUAAAGCUUCAAGUAUUAAAAUGCAUUUGUCAGUGGGGUUUGCCUUUUGAUUUCCAAGUAUAAAGAGUCUUCAUAAAGUCCUUGUGCAAUUUAUACACUUCUAACUUACUUCUGAGCUUUAAUGAUUGAAUUUGUACAUAUGAUAAAAAUAAUUAUUUGUUCAUUGAAUUUAAGACUAUCAAAGGUUGAGGGAUUUUUUCCCCUCAUAACUGAACCUGACCUAAAUGUUUCAUGGCUAACAGAAUUUGCUUUCUCAUCUGCUCCAGCCAUUUUUUAUUUGUCACAGGUCUUAGAAUAAAACUACAUGGUGUGUAAUUCUGUAAGUCCCAAGCUAGUCACUUUUUAAUACCACUUAGAGGUUGAUCCUCUCAUGCCUAUAGCCUACAUGAGGACUCCAUGAAGACUCUGCUCGCAGUACUCUAAUAGUGCUAUAAUGUGAACUGACAGUCUUAUUAUUAUUACAGCUUCUGUGAACAUUUGUUCUGGGGUGAUAAAUAAGAAUAUUCCAGUAAGUGAUAUUUCACUCUACCAUAUUGCUUACCUGUAAUAGGAGUGAAUUUUUUUCCCCUUUAUAAUGUUAACAUUUUGAAAUCCGUUUGGACACAUGGAUCAUUUCAAAGACAUCAUUGCUAGUUUAUUCUUUUUUUAUCAGUCCAUGAGAAAUUUUUAAUACCUUCAAAAGAAUGUUUAGGUUGUAAACUAUGAAAUUCAUGCUAAUCAUCCCUAAGGAAAAAGCUGCCAAAACCAGUAUUAAAAACUCCACAGUCACACUGUGCCUGAAACAUUGAAAGGAAUACCAAAUCUAUGCAGUAUAUUUUUGUCAGGCUAGAAUUCAAGUGGUCUCAUUCUGAUUAUGGCCUAGACAAGUGGGUACCUGCACUAUAUUAAGAGGGCAUAAUCAUGUAUUUUAAACUCCCUAGAAUAUUGAAUUGUUUUGAAACAUUGUAAGUCAAGCAGUUGGGCCAGGUUAGUUGUAUCCCAUUAAUUGGGUCUGGUUUAUCUUUCUCAAAAUAAUUGAAGAUAAGUAGAUUACUUAUGAAGAAAAAUGUUCAAACUUGGUGGGAAAAAAGUCACUGCCAGGAUUCUUUAACUUCUUUGUUAUUUUGGAUAAUUAAAUUUAUUCACUCUCACACCAGCAAAUAUUUUACAGGGUGCCUUGGAUUAAAACAAAAUUUUAUUUGGAGUAUAUCGUGGUUUUUGUGCUCAUAAAGUCACUUUUUAAAGAAUGCAAUAACAUCAUGAUGUUCACUCCUGAUUUAAUGUACCUUUUUCAUGUUCUAACCUUCCAGCUAUGUUUUAUUUAAUUUGAAAUUUUCAGAUAGUAAAACCAUACAAAUACACCAUAUGCUAUCUGUUGAAAGGGUCUAAUAACAUCUUCCCUGGUUUAGGGCUAGCAGCAUAACAUAACACUUCCAUCACUGAUCCCAUAAGCUUUUGUGCACUGAUUCUUUUGUACACGUAACUUCCUUAAUAUUCUUUUUGAUAAGGAACAAUUGGUGUAUGUUAUUAGCCACCCAGAAUGCUGCCUGACUCCUACAUCAGCUUAAUGAUGACUUUGAAACUCACCGACAUUUCAACCCACUGUGUUAAAUUCCAUCCCGAACCUGCCUACCGAAAAGCUUCUUGCAUUUAGUGGUAGCCAUGGUUGUGUUGUUUUGUAUAAAAUUAAAGAUGACUUUUUAAUAACAAAAGCAAAAUAGGGACAGGAGAAACUACUUGAAUAAGGGAUUGCCUGGUAUAAUGUGUUACAAAGAUGCAAUCUUGGGUAAAGAAGGUAUUGUUGAAUAUUAAAACCUGUCGACUGGAUCUCCCUGACCAAAUGUUCAUUACAGGGACAUAGUUUUAAAAAAAUGUUAUAUUGGUGUUGAAAAAAAGAUUUGAUGUAAAAUCUAUACUUGCAACUUUUUAGAUCUGUGUGUUGCCUAUUUAAGAUAUCAGUUUUAUUGAUGUUACUGUAAAGUUGAAAUGAUUUUCUAGCCACUGUCAAUUGGAUACUAUUUCUCAAGUUACUUUGUUUUCUGACUAAUGUUACUUGAUGCUAGCUGGAAUUCAAGAAAAGACAUUAACCUUAUUCAAAUAAAGAAAUAUUUUAUUAAAA